AUGCAUGCAUUGUCUAGGCGUUGGGGAAACACGGAUAACACGCCGGGCUUUGACACUGCUGAGCCUGUAGGCAUUGAAGCGGUUAUUGUGAUAUCACUAAUGAUCAAAUCGCUGUGCAUUCUCGAGUAUUUUGGGUACACUGCAUGGAGUUCCAUCUUGAAGUCAGUGGAGCUUGGGCCUGCCUGUUCAGUAACAACGAGCACCUCCGAUUUCCACCGACCCGAGCCCUUGACCCGCUUACCUAAGUUGAUGCCUUACCUAUCAACCAGCAAGCAGCCGCAAGGUCCCAAGGCAUCAACAUCCUAA